GAGAGGAAGCCAAGAUGCCCGCUGCUGCAGAAAUACACACGGCCGAAGACGGCAAAGAACGCAAAACAGCGGAGAACCCAUUCAGUCUUUUCUGUGAUGAAAAAGGCUACUUAAGCCAAAUAGGCCACAUCCUCCAACACGGCCAGAGGAGGGGAACAGGAGUCGUUUCAGUCUUCGGCUCUCAGGCAAGACACAAUCUGCCAGGGUUCCACCAACGCCAAGGAGCUCUCAGCCAAAGGGGUGAAGAUCUGGGACGCUAACGGGUCCCGGGAUUUCCUGGACGAAAACUGCUUCACGGGCAGAGAGGAGGGAGACCUCGGACCCGUGUAUGGUUUCCAGUGGAGGCACUUUGGCGCAGAGUAUGCAAACAAGGAUGCAGAUUAUACAGGACAAGGUGUUGACCAGCUGCAGAAAGUCAUUGACACAAUCAAAACCAACCCAGAGGACAGGAGGAUCAUCAUGUGUGCCUGGAACCCUAAAGAUCUGCCCCUCAUGGCUUUGCCUCCUUGUCAUGCUCUGUGCCAGUUCUAUGUGUGUGAUGGGGAGCUGUCAUGCCAGUUGUACCAGCGCUCCGGGGAUAUGGGCCUGGGGGUUCCCUUCAACAUCGCCAGCUACGCUCUUCUCACGUACAUGAUUGCACAUAUCACUGGACUUAAGACUGGUGAUUUUGUGCACACCCUGGGAGAUGCUCACAUAUACAUUAACCACACUGAACCCCUCAAAGAACAGCUCCAGAGGGAGAUCCGGCCCUUCCCCAAGCUGAAGAUUCUUAGGAAGGUGGAGAACAUUGAUGACUUCUGCGCUGAAGACUUUGAGAUCUGUGACUAUAACCCCCAUCCCACGAUCAAGAUGCAAAUGGCUGUUUGAAGUCCCAAGCUAAGGUCACAUGGGAACCAUGUGUGAAGAAAUUGUGGGCAUUCCUUUUCUUUGUACAGUCUUCAUGUUAAUUAUUGUUUGUCAAAUUAGUAAAGUAUACCUGUAUGUAAUAUAGGCCUUGGUGCAGACCAGUUCAAAAACCUCAGUAUUCUCAAAUGACAGCACCAAGUUGGGAAAAAAUGUGUACUGGUACACAUCAUUCAGACUGUCAUUGACAGGGUAUUUGAAGCUAACUACACAAAACUGGUGUUGCAGUACCACCACUGUAAAGGUUAACUGGGUCUACUGACUGAACAAUAAUACUCUUAAUUCCAAAUCGGUUAAUGGCAGCCUCUGUUAAAUUCUUGUAUUUUGCUCAUUUGCUUAAGAGCCGUCUCCAUACGUCACCUUGGGGGUACUGGUGUGUCUGCACUGAGGAUGCCAGCAUCUCACAAGAAUAA